UUGGGUCUGGAGCAGCAACAAUAACCUGAGCAAUAACGUGAUGACAACGUACGGCUGCUCUAUCGCCCAUCAUUUGGCUAUUGUCAUUGUUCUGCUGUCAAUUCUGUCGCACUUGUCGCCUGGACGCGCACAGCAAAGCCCAGCUAUAGACGAGCAACAGCAACCUGCAAUGCAAAUGCUCUUCAAUGAGUUCCUCGACUCCGGACCGGCUGAUGGCAAAACCAACUAUUAUGGUCAGCAGUUAAAGUACCAACAGCUGAAGCAUCAGCUGCGACAGCAGCAUUUGCGACCAAAACAAUUGCCAAUCCUUUUUUUUACUAACCAAUGGCCCUUUCUGCGCGAUCUCGCCAUAAACUCCGAUUACGAUACAUUGGGCCACCGCGAGAGCUCUGAGCGAGAGCGUGAUCCGCAGGAAUCUCAGCUUCUGACACGCCUACACAGACUGGCCGACAAUGCUUUUGAUGGCGAUGAUCAGCUAUUCAAACUCAGCUCCGGUGCUAAACAGCACAAUAGCAAGAGAAAUGCGCAGUAUAUGAGGCCAUGUCAUUUCAAGAUCUGCAAUAUGGGACGCUAGCGCAAUACCGCCUCUACAUUACUCAUCUGAACCGAUGCACUGAAACAUCUUAAAGUUAAAAGCAGUUAAUGCCGGCAAAAUGCUAAUAUUGCAGAAAAAAAAAAAUCAAAAA